UUUAUGUAUUUUAUUUUUUCCUGACGUCACCUUUGACCCGCUGCGCGCGCGCCGUCAAAUCAGUGCCCUGGGAGCGCGCGCGCCGGUCUGAGCGAGGAGGAGAGCUGCGGGGAGCGCAGAGGAGGGGAGGACCGACCGACCGACCGGCUUGUGGUUUUUAUUUCCCCAGCCCCCCCUCUCGUUUUUUGCCGUUAAAUUUCAGCGGAACUUUCGUCUCCGGGGGUGCGGAGGGGGGGUGUCUGGACGCACCACCGGAGCGCCGUGGACCGGACUACCUGCGAGGGGGUCGUUACUGUACUUUGGUCCUCCCAUUUCUAUCUUUUUUUUUCUCCCCCCGAAUCGUCAACAUUAGCUUAACUUGUUUUGUCCCGCGCGGGGUUUUCAACGUUAGCCCUCCGUGUAAGUUUCCCGCGAGGAGGAACCGAGAGAAGGACCGAGCUAGUGAUGCUCCGGGAGCCCCCGCGCUCUGCGGGACAGUUGUUGGUGAAAUUCCCCGGCUUCCCCGUGAACGUUGACUGACUGACGGCCAGCAUGUACGCCGGGCGCAAACGCAGGAAACCCGCGCAGAAAGGGGCCAAACCCCCUCCUGCCGAAGGCGCCAAGUCCAACCCGUCCAAACGCCACCGCGACCGCCUCAACUCUGAGCUGGACCGGCUGGCCAGCUUGCUGCCCUUCCCUGAGGAUGUCAUCUCCAGCCUGGACAAGCUGUCCAUCCUGAGGCUCAGCGUCAGCUACCUGCGCACCAAGAGCUUCUUCUCAGUGGCGCUGAAGAACCAGCCCCCUAACGGCGUCAACCAUCAGGACGGGGGCUUUAAGGCGGCGGCGGCUGCAGACAGUCAAAUCCCUGAGGGGGAGCUGCUGCUGCAGGCUCUCAACGGCUUCGUCCUGGUGGUGACGUCUGAAGGCAUCAUCUUCUUCUGCUCCCACACCAUUCUGGACUACCUGGGCUUCCAUCAGACUGAUGUGAUGCACCAGAGUGUGUUUGAGCUGAUCCACACUGAAGACCAGCAGGAGUUCAGGAGGAACUUGCACUGGGCCCUCAACCCCCCGGUCAGCGCGGGACCCCCCAUCGACCCGGCAGGCGGAGACUUGGCGUCCAGCAGCUCCCCCUGCCCCGUGAGCUACAACCCCGAGCAGCUGCCCCCGGAAAACUCCUCCUUCCUGGAAAGAGCCUUCGUCUGCCGCUUCCGCUGUCUGCUGGACAACUCGUCCGGCUUCCUGCCACUGAACAUCCAGGGCAGACUCAAGUUCCUCCACGGUCAGAGCCGCCAGCCAAGCGACAGCGAGAGGGGCUCGCCGCCGCAGCUCGCCCUGUUCGCCAUCGCCACGCCCCUGCUGCCUCCGGCCAUCCUGGAGAUCCGCACCAAGAACAUGAUCUUCAGGACCAAGCACAAACUAGACUUCACCCCCAUGGCCUGUGACGCAAAGGGUAAAAUCGUCCUGGGCUACACCGAGGCGGAGCUGAGGGUGCGAGGCUCCGGAUAUCAGUUCAUCCAUGCCGCCGACAUGCUUUACUGCGCCGAAAACCACGUCCGGAUGAUCAAGACGGGCGAGAGCGGCCUCACCGUCUUCCGGCUCCUCACCAAGGAGAACAGAUGGAAGUGGGUCCAGGCCAACGCGCGGCUCGUCUACAAGAGCGGGAAGCCAGACUACAUCAUCGCCACCCAGAGGCCUUUGGCGGAGGAGGAGGGAGGCGAGCAUCUGAGGAAGAGGUCCAUGCACCUGCCCUUCACCUUCGCCACGGGGGAGGCGCUGCUCUACCAGACGGCUCACCCGCUGCUCGGCUUUCCCGACCCCUGCCAGGACAAGGCCAAAGGCGGGAAGCCCAAGAAGAGCAAAGUGGGCGGCGGCUCCUCCUCCUCCGAGGAGCUGAACCCAAAGUCGCUGCUGGAGGUUCUGAUGAGUCAGGACGAGUCGGUGUACGUCUGCCAGCCGGAUCCGGAGCCCAAGACGUCCAUCAGCGCCCUCUGCGGCAGUUCGGACGGACUUGACGGUUUGUUAAGCAGCAGCUGGAACGCGGCUCCCAACGGGGAAGCGGCGGCGGCGUGCGACGGUAAGCCGUGCUUCGACCCGCUUCUGGCCACGCUGGACUCUCUGUCUCUGGACGGGAGGGAGGCGUGCUCCAACAGCGAGCUGUUCAGCGCCCUGGAGAACCUGGGCCUGAACGCCGAGGACCUGGAGCUGCUGCUGCUGGACGAGAGGAUGAUCCAGGUGGAGCUGGACCCCGCCCACAUCCCCACCCUCACUGACUUCCUCAGCAACGACGAGAUCCUCUCCUACAUCCAGGACUGCCUGGAGAACAGCGGCCCGGGGGAGGGGCAGGAGAGCCGGGGCGGGUCGGCGCCACAGCAGCCCGCCGCCGCCCCGCCCAUCAUGCAGCUGUCGCAGCAGAUGCAGCAGCACAUGAAGGCUCCACCCGGCGACCCGGUUGGGGUUCCUCACGCCGCCUGGCUGGAGAACCACCAUCACCAUGGAAACCACAUCCACCAGCUGAACGGACAGCAGCCGCCCCUCCACCCUCUGCUGGAGCCCGCUCAGCACUGGAGCCUCCAUCCCGGCGCCGGAACCGCGCAGCUGGGCUUCCAGAACCCGCUCCAGCUGCCCGUGAACGGGUCCUGCGUCCCCAACGGGCACGCCGUUUUCCCGCCAAACGUGGAGCUCGUCCACCCGGAUUACAGCGCCGCCGAUUCCUUCACGGCGCCGGACCCCUGCGGCCACCAGAACCCCGCCGCCUGGAACUACCAGCUGCAGGACCAGAACCGCAGCCCGGCUGCCGAGCUGGAGCAGCUGCUGGCUCUGGCGGAUCCACAGCUCGGCCUGCCGCCCGCCGAGACCUACGGCACCUUCGACGCCACGCCACACCGCAAGGUGGAGAACGGCUGCCUCCACGGCGCUGCGAACGGCGCCUACGUCAGGACCUGUUUGCUACCCAACGCCAACGGCGCGGCGCCGUGCGACCUCGGGGUCUCCUGCUCUGACCCGCGGCCGGCUCUUCAUGACCCCCAGAAAUCCGGAUUCUUUCUUUGAGGCGACCAGGAGACAGAAACCCUGCGGAGGGUCUCUGAGGAGUACUGAAGAUCUGUUUUUACCGGAGCUCCGCCCAGAUCAGAUUCAUGUCACAGCAGUGAACACACAGGAGCGUCGUCUUUGUUUCGCCACUGAAAGCUUGGAAACAAUCAGAUUUUUGAGCCGGAACUCAUCGUUUGCUGAUUUUUACAAACUCAAGUACUAAAGGAGGAGGACCUGCUGUGAGGCGUCCACUCACAGUCUUUUAAAGCAUUUGAAUCCAGGAAGUUUGUCGCUGGAAUUCACAGCAGAAGAGAGGAUACUUUACUCAAACCAGCUCGACUUUGGACCGUCAAAGCUACCCGGUUUCCUCUUCUGCCUGGACUCAUCGACAGUUUCAGAUGGGUCGACGCUGUCGGGCCGCUCGGUCUGAGGCCCGACAUCACUUGAAGCUGCAGGAGGAGAACCGUCUGAAGCUCUGAAGGAAAGGCUCGGUAAGCCGGUAGAGUAUUUAAUAAAAAAAAAAAAAAGAACUCGAGUG